CACGUGCUACAUUAUGGCGGACGACGACCCACCAUACAGGACAGAAUAUGCCAAAUCCAACCGCUCUUCUUGUAAAGCCUGCCGUGAAACGAUUGCCAAAGACUCCCUGAGGAUGGCCAGGAUGGUUCAGGCUCCUAAUUUUGACGCUAAAAUUCCUCAUUGGUAUCAUUUUAGUUGUUUUUUUGGUCCUAAAAUGAAGCUGGUAUCAGUCUCACAGAUUGGUGGGAUGGGUGGGCUCAGGUGGGACGAUCAACAAAAAAUUCAAGCAAAAAUUGAUGGAGGGGGAGGAGCUACUGCAGGUAAGAAACGUAAGAAGGGUAAGUCUGCAGAUGGAGAAGAAAACGCCACAAAAAAGCAGAAGAAGACCGAAAGCCCUGAAGACAAAGCUCUGAGGGAACAGAAUGAAAUGAUAUGGAAGAUUCGUGACAAGCUAGAGAGUCACCUAACCAAGGGAGAGUUAAAGGACCUACUGGAUGCAAACGGACAAGCUAUUCCUAAAGGAGAGAGUUGUAUAUUAGAUGCUUGUGCUGAUGGUAUGGUGUUUGGCUCGUUAGGUUUAUGUGAGGAGUGUGGGGGACAGCUAAGGGUAAGGACCCACUCGUACUCUUGUGCCGGCUUUAUCUCUGAUUGGACCAAAUGCACCAACACCACCACAGAGGCAAAGAGAAGGAAAUGGGUCAUACCAAAGCAGCUAAAGGAAUAUGAUUUCUUGAAGUCAUACAAGUAUGUCCCUAGGACUCGUGUGUUUCCUGAGGCUCCGCCCACACCCUCUCCAAGCGUUGGGAGUAUAGCAUCGUCAAGCUCACAGCAACCAAUUGAUCCCAGUAAACCUCUAUCAGGUUUUAAAAUAGCCUCCUCUGGUCGUCUCUCUAAAACAAAGGGUGAGCUGAAGAAGCUCAUAGUCUCGCUUGGAGGAGAGAUGUCAUCGACAGUCAAUCGUAACACGACCCUCCUCAUCAGCAAUGAAGCCGAAGUUGAAGAGAACUCCUCCACUGCUAUAUGUGCUGCGUCCCGUUAUCAGAUACCAGUCGUUGAUAUUGAGUAUCUUGAUGAUGUCGCUAGUGGGGACGCACUGGGAAAGGUCAAGUCUCACACUAUUAGUUCUUGGACUGCGUCUCCUCACCUUGAGGGAUCUAACGGAAGAGAGGAAACUGACUCGGCUGUAUUUGAAAAAGUUCCGCUAACAGUCAAAAUGAAAGUGAAAGGAGGAGGUGUUGUUGAUCCCGACAGUGGUUUGGACAGUAGCCAUCACAUCUACGAGCAGUCUGGUGAGAAGUAUACCGCUGUUCUUGGUCUCGUUGACAUUACCAAAGGAACUAAUUCAUAUUAUAAGUUGCAGCUCUUGGAGUCAGACAGUGGAAAGAGCUACUAUCUGUUCAGAGCCUGGGGGCGUGUUGGUACUACCAUUGGAGGGAACAAACUAGAGGAUUUUGGAUAUGAUUUGGACGAUGCUUUGAGCGAGUUCCUCCGACUCUAUCAAGAGAAGACCGGCACCAGCUGGCACAUCAGGAAGCAUGCAAGGAAAGUCCCUGGAAAGUUCUAUCCUAUUGAUAUCGACUAUGGCGAAGAGGAAGGUCCCAGUUUGAGCCUUUCGGGAGCCGGCAGCAAUUCAAAACUAGCCCCAGAGAUACAGGAUUUAAUAAAAAUGAUAUUUGACAUACAGAAAAUGAAGGAUGCCAUGAUGGAGUUUGAAAUUGAUAUGAAGAAGAUGCCACUCGGUAAGUUAUCAAAGCGUCAGAUCCUCUCUGCCUACUCCGUCCUAAACGAGUUACAAAAUGAGCUAACGGGAGCCAAGAAUCCUUCGAGAAUACUGGACGGGUCCAACAGGUUCUACACGCUCAUUCCUCAUGAUUUUGGGAUGGCCAAACCGCCACUCCUGGAGACCGAAGAAAUGAUAAAAUCAAAGAUACUGAUGCUAGACAAUUUGAAAGAGAUUGAGAUUGCUUAUUCUUUGUUGAAGACGGAGGGUGAAGGCUCGGCCGACAAGGAUCCUCUUGAUAUUCAUUACGAGAAACUCAAGACGAACAUGAGCGUCCUCGAUAAAGAGAGCGAAGAGUUUAAGAGACUCGUGGAGUACGUGGCAAAUACGCAUGCUGCCACGCACAACCAGUACCAACUUGAAGUCCAAGAGGUUUUUAAUCUGGAGCGACACGGAGAGAAGAAACGUUACAAGCCGUUCUCAAAGCUUGAGAACAGGAUGCUACUGUGGCAUGGAUCAAGACUGACCAAUUUUGUGGGAAUAUUAUCCCAAGGUUUACGUAUAGCUCCACCCGAGGCCCCAGUGACAGGGUAUAUGUUUGGUAAAGGAGUGUAUUUUGCCGACAUGGUUUCAAAGAGUGCUAAUUAUUGCUGGACUAGUCCCCAGAGCCCAGUGGGUCUCAUGCUACUCUGUGAGGUGGCACUGGGUAACAUGUAUGAGAGGGAACACGCUGAUUACAUUACUAGUCUGCCAGCUGGUAAGCACAGCACUAAAGGUAUUGGCAGGACUGCACCUGAUCCUACUAGUAAUUACGUGAGUGAAUCUGGAGCCAUUAUACCAAUGGGUAAAGGAACAACCAGUUCCUCAAGGAGCACAUCACUCCUUUAUAAUGAGUACAUUGUGUACGACGUGGCUCAGAUUAACAUGAAGUAUCUCAUUAAAAUGAACUUUAAGUAUCGUCGCUGACCUGAAACAACACUGUCACGAGAGUAGGAGUUUCAUUUCUUAUUUUUGUUUGGGAUCCUACCUGUCCUUGUUUCCAUUAGAUUUUGUUAUUUAGCAACCAUUAGCUCUUUCCAUUGUGUGUAUCAUCAUUUAACCUGAACCACUUUCCUAUGAACAUUUAUUAAUUUUUGUUCUCUCAAUGUUCUGUAUGCCCCACCCACACUUAUUAAUAUCAAGAGGUGUGUCAUCAAA